UUCCUAAAUUUUCAAAUAAAUUUAAUGCAAUGGCAACACAGCAAGUGCCGUACGAUAAUCGCAAGUUUUGGAGUGAAUUUAUACAACUCUACCAAGAUCUUCCCGUGUUGUGGACCAAGAUGGACAAUGAUGAAGAAAAGCAUAAUAAACAUCUACGCGAUCGUGCCCUAAACAUAUUGCUAAGGAAGUAUCGUGACGCGGAACCAACAGCAAAUGUCAACACUAUUAAAAAGGUACUCAAAUCGCUGCAUUCUUCUUACUUAAAAGAGCUGAGAAUGGAGAUUUUACAAGAGCGUAUGGCUGGCAACGAUUGCAAACCAUACGAGCCACAUUGGUGGUGUUUUGGAAAAUUGAAUUUCCUCCGAACACAGGAAGAACCAAUUUUGAAACAAGAAAUAAUCAAAGAAGAAGAUGCAAACAUCAGUGAUCAUGAAGACGAUUUGAAUACCUACUGUAAAGAUUUAGCCGAAGCAAUGACGAAAUUAUCCGAAGAACAACUACGAUUUUUCAAACACCAUGUGGGCACAAUUUUGUAUUUCGCCAACAUGAGCCUGUUAACUCGAGAAUGGCCGCAACUGCCUUCCCCAAGCAAUUCUAAUCUUACGCCAAACAUACCAGAACAAGAAGUUCAUAAAAUCUGUACCGUAAAAGGGAUUGUACAAUUUGGGAAGCGAGAUUCGUCGACUUCGGUUGUGGAGCAGGAACAGAAGACCACGAAAAGGUUCAAACAGGAAGUAGUAAAUGACGAAUUUGUCCAGCUAGCUGCGGAAUCACCAAUAGACUCGAUUUCCGAACUAUACGGCGAGGAACAUAAAGAGGACAUCAUCAUGGUCGACCAAACAGCUGUAGAAGAAGAUGUUGUUUUUGGAGAAACCGAGGAUGCUGCCCUAGAAAGUUCCUCUCACGAUGAUAAAACACAUUUGCUAAUUCAUCGUCUCCCGGAGCCGGAAGACAGAAACAUAAACCUAGAAAAUAUAGAAAUCACUUUAAUUGACCUCCAAGAUGAUCCAGAGGAUUCUGCAGAGCAAGACUUUAGUACGGCACCCAAGUCAACAGAAACAUCAGAUGUAGAUACGAUUUCCACUUCGAUUAGAAUACCACCAAGAUCAAAAGUACGUCGGCAGUGUACGAUGCACUCUUCAAGUUAUGUGAACAAUAUAGUGUCGAAUUACAAUGACGAAGAGUUUUUACGCCAGUUCCGGAUGGGUCGUGAUAUGGUAGAAAUGUUGUGUCAGCAUUUGGAAAAAACUUAUGCAUAUAAGAAAUUGAAAGGACACGGUGGAUAUGAAGCGAUUAGUGCCCAAACGCAUGUGCUUGCCUUUCUUUGGUUUCUCGGACACAAAAAAUCUUCCUACAGGGAAGUGGCGGACCGGUUCGAGCUGUCCGUAAGCUGUUUGCAUGACGUUAUUUGGCGUGUAUGUGACACAGUUUUAGCGAUGAAAGCGGUUGUUAUCGUACAGCCAGACGAGGAGAGAAAAGCUGCCUCUGCAAGUCACUUUGCUGAGGUAUAUUCCAUUCCAGGCGUAAUUGGUUGUAUUGGUGGGAUGCAGAUAAAAAUUGAUAAACCGAUCGAGAACGCCGACAGGUAUCUGCUCCGAAAGGGAUAUUACUCCAUGCAGCUGCAGGCGAUUGUAGACGAACAACUUCAUUUUGUGGAUAUUUUUGUUGAGUAUCCUGGCGAGCCGGAGAUGCUUGCAGGUGUGAAGGAGCUCUGCUCCGAUCAGUACCGUCUUCUUGGCGGCAACGAGUACCCAUGUUUACCUCAAAUGCUUGUCCCAUACCGUACGGACGGCAUACCACUUACCGAGCCCCAGGAAUUGUUCAAUGAACAACUACGAAAAGCGCAGGACACGUGUAUUACCGUUUUCCAACGAUUAAAGCAGCGCUUUCGGCAAUUGCAUCACCUGAAGGGACGACAACUUUCACGAGUUGUGAAGCUGAUAAAAGUUUGCUGCAUUUUACACAAUUUGUCACCAGCAUCUGAGAUGGCUCUAAUCGAUCGAGAAACGCCAGAUCGUCGGACCGGACCGUUUGUCUCCGUACCCGUAUUUACGUAUACCUCGGAAAAUCAAACGGAAUCGGAUGUUGCAUUGGGACAACAGUAUAGGGAUACAAUUUGUAAAAAUUUCAGACUAGAUUCAACUUAAAAAACAAUAACAUUGUUUCGUUGGAUAAACAUGCCAUAUGACCCCGGCAUACCAUA